AUGACCACCAAAGACUUCGACAUGGACCCCAAGGUCGAGCACGACGAGAACGAGUUGGGCGGUGACGUUGAGCGUCAACGCGUCCUCACCAAGACGCUGCUCUUCAAGGUCGACACCAGGGUGCUGCCGCUACUCGCCCUCCUCUUCCUCUGUUCUUUCCUCGACCGAACCAACGUCGGCAAUGCAAAGAUCAUUGGCAUGGAGAAUGAUCUUGGCAUCUCCAACAGCCAAUACAACCAGGGCUUGGCCAUCUUCUAUGUAACAUACAUCGCCAGCGAACUGCCAAGCAACCUCGUCCUGAAGAAAGUCUCGCCCAGGAUUUGGCUUCCGUUCCUGACCUGCGCGUGGGGAAUCGUCACCAUGUGCCUCGGGUUUGUCCGCAGCUACGGCAGCUUCGUCGCCGUUCGUGCGAUCCUGGGCAUGACCGAGGGCGGACUACUGCCCGGCAUGGUGCUGUACCUCUCCGGGCUCUACACCCGCGGAGAGCUGGCCCUCCGCAUCGGCAUCUUUUACACGGCCGCGUCCCUUUCCGGCGCCUUUGGGGGCCUUCUUGCGAGGGGCUUAUCUGCCAUCGGCCCAGCCGGCGGCCUCGAGGGAUGGAGAUGGGUGUUUAUCAUAGAGGGACUUAUCACCGUCGCUUGCGGAAUGAUUGCCGCUAUCGGUCUGCCCAACAACUUGGUCACCGCCGAUAUUUUGACCCCAGAAGAGCGCGAGUGGGCUGUACUCAGGCUCCGGACCAAUGUCGAUGGUCGAUUCAAUUCCGCCAACGAAAGGGAGGAGAAGUUCCGUUGGUCUGAAGUUGGCCGUGGCGUUUUCAACGUCCAAGUAUGGCUGAGCGCGACCGCCUACUUUGCCAUCCUAUCUGGCCUGUACUCCUUCGGUCUCUUUCUCCCAACCAUCAUCAACGACUUGCACAUUGCGGCCAAUACCAACGAGGUUCAGUUGUGGUCCGUCAUCCCGUACGCCGUCGCAACUCCUUUCACAGUCCUCGUGGCCUUCUUGUCGGAUCGCCUUCGCCUGCGCGGCGUCCUCAUGCUCUGCGUCCUUCCCAUCUCGAUUGCUGGCUACGCGGCCAUCGCCAAUAUCACGUCGCCGCAGGCGAGAUUCGCCAUGACCUGCUUGAUGGCCAUCGGAAUGUACAGCGCUGUUCCCUGCGUCUUGGUUUGGAACUCCAACAACUCAGCCGGCCACUACAAACGCGCCACGACGUCAGCGUUGCAGCUCGCCAUUGCCAACUGCGGAGGAUUUGUCGCUACUUUCAUCUAUCCCAACUCCGAAGGCCCGUUCUAUCACAAGGGCCACACCGUUAUCUUGGGGUUGUUGUGUUAUGCGUGGGUAGCCACUCUCUUGAACGUCCUCUGGUGCAACAAGAUCAACCGCGACAAGGCGACAGGGAAGUACGAUGAGCAUCUGGGCUCUGGCGAUGACCGGGAACCCAGUUUCAAGAUGGUUCUGUAG